GCGCCGCGCGGGGCCAUGGCGGACGGGAGUUGCUCUCGAGCCCCGCGGGCGGGCGGGCGCGCCGUGCCCGGAGCGGAGCCGCCACGGGGCCGCGUCGACACGUCGGGGCUGCUGGAGUGCCGCCGCUGCCGCUACCUGCGCACGGGCCGGGCCUGCUGCCAGCUGGUGGGAGCGCUGCUCGCUGCGCUGAUCCUCGUCUGCAGCUCCGUAUCCUACGGCUCGGCAGGCGGCUACACGGGCGUCCCCGGCCAGGGCGGCAUCUACUACUACAUGUACGGCGGGGCGUACAGCGGCUUCAGCGGAGCGGACGGGGAGAAAGCCCAGCAGCUGGACCGGCGUUUCACCCAGCUCAAGAUGCCAAUAGCCAGGGCGGCGAUGGCCGUGGGAGGAGCCCUCCUGGUCUUCUCUUCUGCGCUGAUUUUGGUUGGAGUUGUACGGCUACCGUGGCGUUUUCCUGCAUGGCUCCUACUGGAAGGCAUCCUGGACACAGUGGUUGCAGUGGGUUUGCUGUUUGCUCUGUACUGUUUCUUCCAUCAUCUGCUGGAGGUUUAUGAUUCAUCAGUGUGCAAAGACAGAGCACACCUUUACCAAAGCAAAGGCUAUCAGGGCUUUAGCUGCAGCGUGCAUGGGGCAGAGAUUGCUGCUGGCCUCCUGGGCUGUGCGGCUGUCGUGACAUUCCUGCUUGGUGCAGGCCUGGCCGUCAGAGGGUACAGAAUAGUUCACAAACUGAAACAGAAGCCAGAACACACGUAUGAACAGUAGAAUUACUCCUCUGCUCCAGUAGUAGUCCUGAUUUUUGCCAGCCUUGUGGCAUGCUUUUACUUGCUUGGGGACAGUGCCUUCUUAUUACUAUAACAAAGCAUUCACCAAAAGCCUAGCUCCAAAUACAGUGAAACCAAGCUGUUCAAACUUAAAUUUGCACUGUUGAAUUAUUAGCGGACACAUACAGAUUGUCUUCACCUGGUGGCUGUUCUGCCUCUCCAGCACAUAUCUGAGAGAGAAUGCAUUGCUAACUGCUGUUCUUAUAAACACAGUAAUGCACAGGCUUUGCCUAAACAGCAAAACUAGUUUUGAAUGCUUGCAGCCUGGGAAGAUAAUUCAGCUUUGGAGAAGCCCUUGUUUCUGAAUGUCAGUGACUGAAAAGAGAGAUCACAUACCUGAGCUCUGGGUUUCCAACAUCAUACCCACAUACCCUCCUAGCAGUAGGGUAAUUAAUGUCAGUAGUCACUCACAGCACAUCAAGUAGCACGGCUAGGACGUGUUGCAGACACAUGCUGGUGAACAGCUUCCUAGAGCUGAAUCUUUUACAAAGGGCCUGUGACUGUCCACUGAGAAUGGAACUCUUAAAAGUGAGCAAUGAAGCUGAUGGUUGCCAAUUCCUUCUUUGUAAAGGUCUCUUGGUGCUAAAGGGGCAGCUUUAACAUGGCAUUUAUAUUGCCAUCAGAGACUCCUGAAAUAAACUUGUAGGGUGGUCAGCUUAAUUUGUGCCUUCUUUUUGCUCCCCUCUGGUGAGGGCACCUUUCUGGAUGGAGCACUCUGUUGUGUAUACCUGUAUACAACCAUUUUGCCUAAGAAGAGCCCAGAGUUUGACUCAUCAGAUGUAAGUUUUAAGAGCUCACAGAGGUGAUUUAAGAAGAAGGUGUGUUGUUUGCAAAACAUUUUUAGUGUACAAGGUAGGGAAACGAGACUGAUUCUGUGUUGUUUAUGAACAAAUAAAGGUGAAUUUUCUCUUCAGAA